AUGAAGAACGCCAUGGAGGUGCAGACCAUGAUCUAUGACGACAGCCGCGGGCAGAGGGCGCUGCAGAGCCAGAGUCUGAUGCUGUCGCUGAAGCGCGGCGACACCGUGUGGCUCUACUCGCACCAGAGCCAGGGCUUCGGCGCGUACAGCAACCACGCCAAAUACAUCAACUUCAGCGGCUUCCUGACGAAGCAGCAGCAGGGGGCGCUGUGGAGCCAGAGUCAGCGCAGAACCAAGAUGGCGGCCUCACUGCUGCGGAGCCUGCGAGGGGGAGUCAGCCGAACCAUAACGGGUUUCAGACAGGCCCAGUGCGUGGUCCAAGCCCAGAAUCGGAACCAGAGCUCCCACAACAAACCCACAGUGCGUCCGGCAGACUCUGUGGUGCACAACCAGCUGGCAGCCUUUGGAGAGUAUGUGGCCGAGAUCCUGCCCAAGUACAUCCAACAAGUCCAGGGAUUAUUUGUGUGGGGGUUGGGGGGUAGGGGGGUGUUUGGGCGAAUUGUGUUGGUUUGGGGUUGGUUUUGGGUUGUUUUGGGAUUUUGGGGUGUUUGGUUGGGUUGGGGGGGGGUUUGGAAUUUUGGGGGUGGUAGGGGGUUAGGGGGUUUGAGUUUGGGGGGGGUUGGGGGUUGGGGGGUUUGGGGUUUGGGGGGGUUGGGGGGGUUGGGGUGGGGUUUGGGAGUUUGGGGGGGGUUGGGGGGGGGGUUUGGAGUUGGUGGUUGGGGUUGGGGGGGGGGGUUUGGAGUUGGGGGUAGGGGUAGGGGGGGUUUGGGAGGUUUGGGGGGGUUGGGGGUUGGGGGUUUGGAUUUUGGGGGGUUGGGGGUUGGGGGGGUUGGGGAUGGGGGUUGGGGUUGGGGGGUUGGGAUUUUUUUGUGGGGGGGUUUGAGGGUUGGGGGGGUUUUGAGUAUGGGGGUUGAGUUUGGGGUUUUGGGUUGGGGGGGGGUUUGGAGUUUGGGGGGGUUGGUUGGGGGGGGGUUGAGUUUGGGGGGUUGGUGGUUGGGGGGUUGGGAGGUUGGGGGUGUGGGGGGUUGGGGGUUUUGGAGUUGGGGGUGGGGGGGUUUGAGUGUGGGGGGUGGGGUUGGGGGGGGUUUGUGUUUGGGGGGGGGGGUUGGGUUGGGGUUUGGAGUUUGGGGGGGUUUGAGUUUGGGGGGUUUAGUUGGGUGGGUUUGGGGAUUUGGGGGGUUUGAGUUUGGGGGGUGGGGGUUGGGGGGUUUGAGUUUUGGGGUUGGUGGUUGGGGUUUGGGAUUUUGGGGGGUUGGGGGUGGGGGUUUUGGGGUUGGGGAUUUGGGGGGGUUGGGGGGUUGGGGGGUUUGGGUUUGGGGGUUGGUUGGGGGGGGUUGGGUAUGGGGGGGGUUGAGUUUGGGGUUGGGGUUGGGGGGUUUGAGUUGGUGGGGGUUGGGGUUGGGGGGGUUUGAGUUGGGGGGUUGGGUUGGGGGGUAUGGGAGUUUGGGUGGUUGGUUGGGGGGUUGUGUUUGGGGGUAUGGGGGGUGGGGGGGGGUUGGUGUUGUGGGGGUUGGGUGGGGGGGUUUGAGGUGGGGUGGUUUGAGUUUGGGGGGUUUGAGUUGGGGGUUGGGUGGGGGGGGGGUUGAAGUUUGGGGGGUUGUGUUGGGGGGUUUGAAAUUUGGGGUUGGGUUGGGGGUUGUGGUUGGGGGUUGGGGGUUGGGGGGGGGGUUGGUGGGGGGGGUGGGGGUUUGGGGGGGGGGUUGGGUGGGUGGGUUUGGAGUUUGGGGGGGGGGGGUUGGGGGGUUUGGUGUUUUGGGGGUUGGGGGGGGUUUGUGUGUGGGGGGUUUGGAUGGGGGUUUGAGUUGGGGGGUGGGGGGGGUUGGGGGGUGGGGAGUGGGGGGUUGGGGGUGGGGGUUGAAAUGGUUGGGGGGGUUGAGGGGUUGGGGGGUUUGGGAGUAUGGGGGGGGUUGGGGUUGUGUUGGGGGUUGGGAGUUGGGGUGUUGUUGGGGGUUUGUGUUUGGGUGGGGGGGGUUUGAGUUGGGGGUUGGGGGUUGGGGGGUUUGUGUGGGGGGUUUGGUGGGGGGGUUGAGUGUUGAGGGGGUGGUGUUGGGGGGUGGGGGGGGGGGUUUAGGGUUGGGGGGUUUGGAGUUUGGGGGGGAUUGGAGGGGUGGGGUUGGUUUGAGUUUGGGGGGGUUUUGGAUUUGGGGGUGGGGUUGGGGGGGUGUGGAGUGUGGGGGGUUGGUGGGUUGGGGGGUUUGGAAUUUGGGGGGUGGGGUUGGGGGUUUGGAGUUUGGGGGUGGGUUGGGGGUUUUGGGGGGGGGGGUUGGUGGGGGGGUUUGGAGUUUGGGGGGGUUGGGUUGGGGGGGGGGGUUUGAGGUGGGGGGGUUGGGUUGGGGGGGUUUGGGAGUGGGGUGGUUGGGGGGUUGGGGGUGGUUGGGGGGGUUUGAGUUUGGGGGGUUGGGGGGGGGGGUUUGGGUGUUGGGGGUAGGGGGUUGGGGGGUGGGUGUGUUGGGGGUUGGGGUGUGGGGGGGGGUUGGGGGGUUGGGGGUUGGGAGGGGGUUGGGGUUUGGGGGGUUGGUGUGGGGGGGGUUUGUGUUUGGGGGGGGGUUGGAGUUUGGGGGGUUUGGGGUGGGGGGGUUUGAGUUGGGGGGUUGGGGGGGUGGGGGUUUGUGUUGGGGGGGGGGGGGGGGGGGGGGGGGUUGGUGGUUGGGGGGGUUGGAGGUUGGGGGGUGUUGGGUUGGGGGGUUUGGAGUUUGGGGGGGUUGGUGGGGUUGGGGGUUGGGUGGGGGUUGGGGGUGGGGGGGGGGGGGGUUGGGGGGGUGGGGUUUUUGGGGUAGUUUGAGUUUGGGGGUGUGGGGUUGGGGGUUGGAGUUUUGGGGGGGUUGGGGGUUGGGGGGGGUUGGGGGGGGGUUGGGGGGUAGGGGGGAGGGUUGGGGGUUUGGAGUAUGGGGGGGUUGGGGAGAUUGGGUUUGGGGGUUGUGGUGGGGGGGGGGUUGGAUUGGGGUGGGUUGGUUGGGGGGUUUUGUUGUGGGGUGGGGGGGGUUUGAUUUGGGGGUGGGGGGGGUUGGGGGGUGUGUUUGGGGUUUGGGGUGGGGGGGGGGGUGGGAGUUUAGGGGUUUGGAGUUUGGGGGGGUUGGGGGGUUGGGGGGUUUGAGUUGGGGGUUUGAGUUUGGGGUUUGGAGGGUUGGGGUGGUUUGGGAGUUUGGGGGGUUGGGGGGGUUUGAGUUUGGGGUUGGGGGUUGGGGGGUUUGGGUUGGGGGUUGGGGUUGGGGGGGGGGUUUGAGUUUGGGGGGGUUGGGGUUGGGGGGUAAGGGAGUUUGGGGGGGGUUGGGGGUUGGGGGGGUUUGGAGUUUGGGAGGUGGGGGGGUUGGGGGGGGUUGGGGGGGUGGGUGGGGUUUGGGAGUUUGGGGGGGUUGGGGGGGUUGGGGGGGGUUUGGGAGUUUGGGGGGUUGGGGGUAUGGGGGUGGGUUUGGAUUGGGGGGGUUGGGGGGGGUUGGGGGGUUUGGGAGGUUGGGGGGUUGGGGUUGGGGGGGGGUUUGGAGUAUUGGUUGGAUGUGUUGUUGGUGGUGGUAUGGGGAGUUGUGUUGGAUGGUGUGUGUGGGUUGGGGGUUGGGGGGGGUUUGGGAGUUUGGGAUGGUAUGUUUGGAUGGUGGGUUGGGAUUUUGGGUGUUGGUUUUGGGGGGUUUGGAUUUGGGGGGGGUUUGGGGGGGUUUGAUUUUGGGGGGGGUUGGGGUUGGGGGGGGUUUGGAGUAUGGGGGGGGUAGUGGGGUUGGGGGGGUUGGGAGUUUGGGGGGUUGGUGGGGUUGGGGGUUGGGUUGUUGGGGGGUUGGGGGGGUUGGGGGGGUUGGGGGUUGGGGGAGGGUUUGGUGUUUGGGGGGUUGGGGUAGGGGGUUUGGAUAUGGGGGGGGUUGGGUUGGGGGGUUGGGGGGUUGGGGGGUGUGGGAUUUGGGGGGUGGGGUUGGGGGGGGGUUGGGGUUGGGUUUUGGAGUUUUGGGGGGGUUGGGGGGUUGGGGGUUUGGGAGUUGGGGGGGUUGGGGGGUGGGGGUUGAGGGUUGUGGGGUUGGGGGUUGGGGGGGUUUGAGUUUGGGGGGUUGGGGUUGGGGGGGGUUUGAUUUGGGGGGUUUGGGUUGGGGGGGUAUGGGAGUUUUGGGGGGGUGGGGUUGGGGGGGGUUGGAGUUGGGGGGUAGGGGUUGGGGGGGUGUGAGUUUGGGGGUUGGGGGGUUGGGGGGGUUUGAGUUUGGGGGUUGGGGUUGGGGGGGGUUUGGAGUUUGGGGGGUUGGUGGGGUUGGAUUGGGGGUUGGGGGGGUUGGGGGGUUUGGAGUUUGGGGGGGUUGGGGUUGGGGGGUUUGGAGUUGGGGGGGUUGUGGGUUGGGGGGGGUUGAGUGGGGGGGGGUUGGUUGGGGGGUUGGGGGGGGGGUUUGGGUUGUUUGGGGGGGGUUGGGGGGGUUUAGUUUGGGGGGUUGGGGUUGGGGGUUGGGGUUGGGGGGUUGGGGGUUGGAGUUUGAGUUUGGGGGGGUUGUGGGUUGGGGGGGGUUGUUAGUUUGGGGUAUGGGGGGUUGGGGGGGGUUGGGUUGGGGGUUUGAUGUUGGGGGGUUGGGUUGGGGGUGGGGGUUGGGGGGGUUGAGUUUGGGGGGGUUGGGGGUGGGGGUUGGUUGUGGGGUUGGGUUGGGUUGUAGUUGGGGGUGUGGGGUGGGGGGGGGGGGUUUGGUGGUUUGGGGGGGGGUGGGGGGGGGGGGGGUGGUGAGGUGGGGUUGGGGGGGGGUUUAUUUGGGGGUUGGGUUUGGGGGGGUUGGAGGGUUGGGGUGUUGGUGGGGGGGGUUUGAGUUUGGGGUUUUGGGGGGGGUUGGGGUUGGGGGGUUUGAGUUGGGGGGGUUGGGGUUGGGGGGGUUGAGUUGGGGGGGGGGUUGGGGGGUUGGGGGGGUUUGGAGUUUGGGGGUUGGGGGUUGGGGGGUUUGGGUUGGGUUGUGGGGGUUGGAUUGGGGGUGGGGUUUGGGGGGUUUGAUUGGGGGGUUGGGUAGGGGUUUGAUUUUGGGGGGGGUUUGGGGGUUUGGGGGGUUUGAGUUUGGGGGGGUGGGUUGGGGGGUGAGGGUUGGGGGUGUGGGGGGGUUGGGGGGGUUGGGGGGUUUGAGUUUGGGGGGUGGGUGGGGGGGUAGGGGUUGGGGGGGGUUUGAGUUUGUGGGGGUUGGGGGUUGGGGGUUGGAGUUUGGGGGGGUUGGGGGUUGGGGGGGGUUGGAGUUGGGGGGGUUGGGGGGGUUUGGGGGGGGGUUUGAGUUGGUGGGGAGUUGGGGUUGGGGGGGUUUGAGUUUGGGGUGGGGUUGGGGGGUUUGGAUUUGGGGGGGUUGGGUUGGGGGGGUUUGGGAGUUGGGGGGGUUGGGGGUUGGGGGGUUUGAGUUGGGGGGUUGGGUUGGGGGGGGGGGUUUGGAGUUUGGGGGGUUGGGGGUGUUGGGGGGUGGUUUGAGUAUGGGGGGUGGAGGGGUGGGGGUGUGGGGGGUGGGUGUGGUGAGGGGGGUGGUGGGGUGGGGGGGGUUGGGGUGGUGUUGA